UCACUGUUCAUGCCCUACCCUUUUCCGCGUGUACUAGCACUCAGAUGGCUUCUCGUAAAGAGUCUGGUUCAACAUCAAGCGCCGGUAUGACUUCCACAGGUGGUACCUUGGACUCUCCAGUCAAACAGAUCCAAAUUGAAGGACUGGUGGUGUUGAAGAUUAUCAAGCAUUACCAGGAAGAAGGCCAGGGCAGCGAGGUGGUUCAGGGUGUCCUGCUGGGCUUGGUCGUAGACGACCGGCUGGAGAUCACCAACUGCUUCCCUUUCCCUCAACACACUGAGGAUGACGCCGACUUCGAUGAAGUCCAGUACCAGAUGGAGAUGAUGCGUUCACUGCGUCACGUCAACAUUGACCAUCUGCAUGUGGGCUGGUACCAGUCCACCUACUAUGGCUCUUUUGUCAGCCGGGCACUGCUCGACUCCCAGUUCAGCUACCAGCACGCCAUCGAAGAGUCGGUCGUCCUCAUUUACGACCCCAUAAAGACAGCCCAGGGUUCCCUGUCCCUCAAGGCCUACAGGCUUACUCCAAAACUCAUGGAGAUCUGCAAAGAGAAGGACUUCACACCUGAGGGCUUGAAGAAGGCUAACAUCGGCUUCGAGCACAUGUUUGAAGAGGUGCCCAUUGUGAUCAAAAACUCCCAUCUCAUCAACGUGCUGAUGUGGGAGCUAGAGGACAAGUCCACGGUUGCGGACAAGCACGAACUGCUCAACCUCUCCAGCAGUAACCAUCUGGAGAAGAGCCUUCAGCUUCUGAUGGACAGAGUGGAUGACAUGAGCCAAGACAUUGUCAAAUAUAACACCUACAGCCGCAAUCUGAGUAAGCAACAGCAGCAGAAGCACCAGUACCUCCAGAGGCGGCAGCAGGAGAACGCCCAGCGACAGAGCAGAGGGGAGCCCCCCCUGCCCGAGGAAGACAUCAACAAAAUGUUCAAGCCCCCCCAGCCUCCACCACGCAUGGACACGCUGCUCAUUGCAGGGCAAAUUAACAACUACUGCCAGAACGUGAAAGAAUUCACCUCACAGAACCUUGGGAAACUGUUCAUGGCAGAGGCGCUCCAAGGCCACAACUAGAGAGACAACAAGGGGGAAAAUCUACCAUAAAAAAAAAAAAAAACAAAAAGAAGAGAUGCAGGCCAAAUAUGAAACCACCUUGAGGACUGCAGGAGGAGCACAGAGCUGCUUUUCUAGAAUAUAUUCGAUGUUUUUAUGCUAAACCCCAUCUUGGAUAAAGAAGUGUCUUUGACAAAGACUUGAUUUUGAGUUAAAUAAAAGUCUUGCAUCUC